AUGAAUACAACAUCGGAUAAUAUCUGGACACGACAAGGACCUCGAAAUGAACUUGUCGAACGGGACCUGUUCUCCGGCAUUAACUGUGGGAUCAAUUUCGAGAAGUAUGAAGAAAUACCGGUUGAGGCAACAGGGAUUGAUGUGCCGUAUCCAUGCGCGGCGUUCGAUGAAUUGCAAUUACAUCCAUGGAUUCAAGAAAAUAUCAAGAAAUUAGGAUAUGCGAAACCAACGCCAGUCCAAAAAUAUUCUAUUCCGAGUUUACUAAGCUGCCGCGAUCUGAUGUCUUGCGCACAGACCGGUUCAGGAAAAACUGCAGCUUUUCUAGUACCACUUAUCAAUCACAUCAUUUUAAAUAAGAUGAAUGCCAUGAGCAUGGUCAUGAGUACCAAUCGUCGUACGGUGUUUCCAGUUGCACUGAUACUGUCGCCAACUCGUGAGCUAGCUAUGCAAAUUCAUAAAGAAGCUCUGAAAUUUGCCUAUCGAACUAACGUUAUAUCUGCUGUACUUUAUGGUGGUCGUGAAAACUAUCGCGGUCAAAUAAAAAAAUUAACGUUUGGAUGUCAUGUGCUUAUUGCCACACCGGGACGUCUACUAGAUGUGAUGAAUCAGAAUGCUAUCUCCCUUCGUGAUUGUAAGUUUCUGAUCCUCGAUGAAGCAGAUCGAAUGCUUGAUAUGGGUUUUGAACCUCAAAUUCGGCAAAUUGUAGAGCGUUAUUCCAUGCCGAUAAAGGGUAAACGCGUUACUGCAAUGUUUUCUGCAACAUUUCCAAAAGAAAUACAGAUAUUGGCACAGGAUUUUCUUAUGCCAAAUUAUGUAUUUCUUGCUGUUGGACGCGUCGGUUCAACAUCUGAAAAUAUUGUACAAAAAAUUAUGUGGGUGAAAGAUCAUGAUAAGAUGCGUUUGCUUAUGGAGCUUCUCGAUGUUGACGCGAAUGAAGGACGUACUUUAGUAUUCGUUGAAACGAAACGGGGUGCAAAUGAGUUAGCAUGGCAUCUUCAGUGCAAUAACUAUAAUGUUGUGCCCAUUCAUGGUGAUCUUAAGCAAUACGAAAGAGAACGCCAUCUGGAAAUGUUCAGAUCUGGACAAACAAAUAUAUUAGUUGCAACAGCUGUAGCAGCCAGAGGUCUUGAUAUUCCAAAUGUGAAGCAUGUGAUCAACUUCGAUCUUCCUACUUACAUUGAUGAGUAUGUUCAUCGUAUUGGCCGUACAGGACGUGUUGGGAAUAUUGGAUUGGCGACUUCAUUCUUCACAGAUCGAAAUCGGAAUAUCAGUCACGAUUUGAUGGAUCUUUUGGUUGAAUCUAAUCAAGAAGUGCCAGAUUGGCUGAAUAAAAUGACUAAGGGAAGCUCCAGAAGCGCUUCCAAAUACUACGAUAGAUCACACAGAGGACGUUUUGGUGCACAAGAUCAUCGCUUAAAUGUUGGGAGUAACUCAUUUUAUUCCAAUCGUCCUGCAACUGUUGUGCAAAAUUCUGGGAAAGAAUCGAAUUCUAUUCCCUCAUACAAUCAAAGCAACGUCCAUCCAUCCUUCAGUCAUGGUGAUACUCGAAAUGUUUCUAUGAAUACAACGUUCGCUGCUUUCCGAAACAAUAUGUACCAGGCUCUUCAAAUAGGUAGUACUUAUCAGCCACAUCGAGAUUCCUUUUCAUUCAUACCAUCUGUUCCACUCACCGGUGUUAACCAUUGGGAUACUAAUGCUGGCACUUCGCAGAGUGCAGGGUUUUUACAACCUAAUAACUUAACUUAUGGCGGGCAUUUUGGAACUCAUACAUCACAAGCAGCUUCUGACAAUUGGCAGCGUUGA